AUGCUCAGUGACAAGGAGGUGAUGAACGCGGCGGAGGCCAUCACUCGGGCGUAUCUCACUUCUCUAUUUUCUCCACCUCCCACUGGUGCGCGCGCGAGGACUUCACAAAAGCACAGUUUUCACUUCCUCAGUCUCAUUGUGCAGGGGCAGCAGGUGCCUUUACUCCCCCAUGGUACUGCGGUGGGUGAUGAGAUGCAAACAUUAAGAGGGAGGUGCUCAGAACUAUUGCGGUAUGAUGCCCAGGCUUUGCAUGUGCUUUGUUGCGUCGUUAAUAUGGUUCAGGAGGGUUUACUGUGCACUGAACGGGAUGUGUACUACCGCAAUACAGAACUGUUUCCAAACGGACAGCGCGACACCCACUGCAGCAUUGAGCGACUCUGUCGAUGGAUGAGUUGUGUUUGCCCGCUUCCACCAGCAUCAUCUGCCGGUGAGCGCCGUCGCUACACCCGUGAGGACCUUCGUAUUGGAGCGAGUGGGAAGAGCAUUCUUCUUGGAAACCUUGCAUUUGACAUUCCUACAGUUUCCGCAACCUCGACCUCAUUAGUGUCGGGUGGUGCACAGGAGUUGCCGACGUGCGUUCCCAGUGCCAAAGUGCCUUCUGUGGAGGUCAAUGCCAAACAUCACAUUUCCGGUGUACUUGUCAGCACAACACUUGGUUUACAUGCGCACAACUUCAGGGCUGCAGGAGCGGGUCGUGGCAAUGGUGUCACAGCUGCACUUGUUGUAGUGGAAAAGGAAAGCACGCUGCACACCCUUGCGGAUGUUAAGAGCGCACUGGGGAGUGAAUCUAUUUCAGACCGAUGUGCUUACUUGUGCAGUAAGGGCUAUCCGUGCCGAGCCUCCCGUCUUUUUCUUCGCAGCCUUCAUCGUGAGUUACCUGAGCUGCCGAUUCUUGUUCUUGUUGAUGGGGACCCUCAUGGAUUGCGCAUUGCCCUUACUUUCAUGGGACUUUUCGGGGAGGAUAUCAACCGCGGCCGGCGAUGUCAGCCAGCGGAACGUGUCCCCGAAUUGUCGACAUCCGUUGUGGCUGCGCUUCUUCCCAUUCGCUGGGUUGGUGUCCGUCCUUCUUGUCUCUCGCAUGACAACAAAGGGCGAGCGCCAUUAACUGAACAUGAUAGGCGAGUGCUAAAGCAGGUGAUACAGCGGGCGAAAGCGGCGUUGGAGGGCCUUCCAGGCACCGGGAGUUCUUUCCCGCUUGGGCAGUAUUGUGUUGGUGGUGGUAGUGCUGAAGACAUUAUUCGGGUCACACUCGAUGAAAUGUUGCGUGAGGCAGAGUGGAUGCAAAUGAUGGAAACGAAGUGCUGCCUGCAGGCGUAUGUUGAGGGACCUCUGCGGCUUAUUAUCGACUUUCUUCACAGGUGA